GAAGACAAGAGCAGGCGUCCUGAUAAAGAUGCGCAAUUCCAUGACCUGAAGGAUAUGUUCCCCCAGCUCAUUCAAGACCGCGAGGUGGAUCGAAUUCAAGAGCCGCGAGAGGAGGGUAAGCCAGAUAUUCAAGUGGUGCUCUGCGAACUCACCUGGCAAGAUAAUGAGAUGCAAGAGGCGCUUCAGGCUUCACGAGGGUACUGGCGGACUGAAGGUGAACGGCGGCAUGAAGACACCCUUGAAGCUGUCCGUGCUACCGCCCAGAAGCAAGUCCCAUUCAACAUGCAAUACUUUGACGAAUUUAGCGAAGCAUUCACGAAUGAGGUCCGGAUGUUCCUUGGAGAACUUGGCAAGGUUCGUGAAGAACGCCGUAACAUCCAACAUGAACUUGGAUACCUCGUGAAGAUGAAAGCUAAAUACGGACCAGGAGGGGAGUUUGAAGAU